AUGAUGAGAUUUUACCUGUAUUACCUGGUGUUUUUGGGCUCCAGUUCUGUCAUCUCCACCUAUGGGCCUCAUCAGAGAGCACAGAAGACUGGGGAUAUUCUACUGGGUGGGCUGUUUCCAAUGCACUUUGGUGUUACCUCCAAAGACCAAGACCUGGCAGCGCGGCCAGAAUCCACAGAGUGUGUUAGGUAAGGUUUGAAUCGGCAAUUGAGGCUGUAUGUUUUUUUUGUAUGUAAAACUGUAUAAAACUAUGCUUGGUGCUAACUGUCAAUGAAAUUGUAUUUAAAUUAAUAAAUGAAUGCAUUGCAGUCAGUAUUAUUGGAUUGUACUUCAUGAAAACCAAAAGGUAUGCAUGUUAUGGCGUGCCGCCCCUUGCAGGUACAAUUUCCGGGGAUUCCGUUGGCUUCAGGCCAUGAUUUUUGCAAUAGAGGAGAUCAACAACAGCAGUACCCUCCUGCCCAACAUCACACUGGGCUACAGGAUCUUUGACACCUGCAACACUGUGUCCAAGGCCCUGGAGGCUACCCUCAGUUUCGUAGCACAGAAUAAGAUUGACUCUCUGAACUUGGAUGAAUUCUGUAACUGCACAGAUCACAUCCCAUCGACUAUAGCAGUGGUGGGGGCAUCUGGGUCAGCAGUCUCCACUGCUGUUGCCAAUCUGUUGGGCCUCUUCUACAUUCCACAGGUGAGCUACAAUCUCAAUUCCAAUGUCCUGAUUUAUUUAAAUCAAACAAUAUCAAUAUAUCACAGUAACUUUAUUCCCCCUGUAUUGCUGCAGAUCAGCUAUGCCUCUUCCAGUCGCCUGCUGAGCAACAAGAACCAGUUCAAAUCCUUCAUGAGGACCAUUCCCACAGAUGAGCACCAGGCCACUGCCAUGGCAGAUAUCAUCGACUACUUCCAAUGGAACUGGGUCAUUGCAGUAGCGUCUGAUGAUGAGUAUGGACGUCCGGGGAUUGAAAAGUUUGAGAAAGAGAUGGAAGAACGAGACAUUUGUAUCCAUCUGAGUGAGCUGAUCUCUCAGUACUUUGAGGAGUGGCAAAUCCAAGGGCUGGUUGACCGUAUUGAGAACUCCUCGGCUAAAGUUAUAGUCGUUUUCGCCAGUGGGCCUGACAUUGAGCCUCUUAUCAAAGAGAUGGUCAGACGGAACAUCACAGACCGCAUCUGGUUGGCCAGCGAGGCUUGGGCAACCACCUCCCUCAUCGCUAAACCAGAGUACCUUGAUGUUGUAGUUGGGACCAUUGGCUUUGCUCUCAGAGCAGGUGAAAUACCUGGCUUCAAGGACUUCUUACAAGAGGUCACACCAAAGAAAUCCAGCCACAAUGAGUUUGUCAGGGAGUUUUGGGAGGAGACUUUUAACUGCUAUCUGGAAGACAGCCAGAGACUGAAAGAUAGUGAGAAUGGGAGCACCAGUUUCAGACCCUUGUGUACUGGAGAGGAGGACAUUAUGGGUGCAGAGACCCCAUACCUGGAUUACACUCAUUUUCGUAUUUCCUAUAAUGUGUAUGUUGCAGUUCACUCCAUUGCACAGGCCCUGCAGGACAUUCUCACCUGCAUUCCUGGACGUGGUCUUUUUUCCAACAACUCAUGUGCAGAUAUAAAGAAAAUAGAAGCAUGGCAGGUAAAAUGAACACUUUUAAAGAGUAGGAAAUUUAAUUAAUGUAAUUCAGUAUAAUGACUAACAAUGACAAAUCCAUUUGUAUACUCUUUUUGUUUGCUCCCAGCUUUGUUGACCCCUUUGAGCACUUUCCUAUAUCCCGUCCUGAUCAAAUACCUGGCUCUGUAUUAUAGGUUCUCAAGCAGCUCAGACAUUUAAACUUCUCAAACAGUAUGGGAGAAAAGGUGCACUUUGAUGAGAAUGCUGAUCCAUCAGGAAACUACACCAUUAUCAAUUGGCACCGGUCUCCUGAGGAUGGCUCUGUUGUGUUUGAAGAGGUCGGCUUCUACAACAUGCGAGCUAAGAGAGGAGUACAACUUUUCAUUGAUAACACAAAGAUUCUGUGGAAUGGAUAUAAUACUGAGGUAUGUUGCUCCAAACAGGGAUAUUAAAGGCCCAGUGCAUCCAAAAUGUACGUUUUUCCUGUGUUUUGCAUUACAUUGUACAGCAAUUUAUGAAACGAACACUGUAAAAGUGUGAAGAAUUUGAUGAAGUUAUUUCCUGAUAGUUGCUGGUUGAAGAUACAAUCUACACAGGACUUUCUGAUUUGCAGGUUUUGGAUGGCUGGAGUUUUGGCUUGCCUGGUGACAUCACAUUUACAUUUUACAUUUUAGUCAUUUAGCAGACGCUCUUAUCCAGAGCGACUUACAGUUAGUGAAUACAUAUAUUUUUUUUAUACUGGCCCCCCGUGGGAAUCGAACCCACAACCCUGCCGUUGCAAACACCAUGCUCUAUCAACUGAGCUACAUCCCUGCCGGCCAUUCCCUCCCCUACCCUGGACGACGCUGGGCCAAUUGUGCGCCGCCCAUGAGUCUCCCGGUCGCGGCCGGCUGCGACAGAGCCUGGAUUCGAACCAGGAUCUCUAGUGGCACAGUUAGCACAGGCGGUGUAAAUUAAUAUAGACCAAUAACAAAGAGAGUUCUUAAUCUCUCUCCCAAUAACAGCUAGUUUACAGAUUACACAUCCAUCCCCCUCAGACCACUACCAGACAGUCCUAGUCUUGCUUGAGAAAGUUGUUUUUCCUAAAAAGCCAUUUUUGUUGCUUUUUGACAAUUUUAAUGGAAAACUAUUACCGUAAGGCACUUCAUUGUUACCCAGAAACGAUUUGAUAUUGAGAUAAAAACGGCUGCAUUGGCCUUUAAAAUCUUUGCUCUGUAUGCAUUCUUCCUAAAAUACAGUAUGUCAUAUGUUCUGCAUUUGUUUCUAUUGGUUCUGUAUCCAAAAUCAUAUGAUGCAUGAUCUUUUUCUGGGUUUCUCUCAUUUCAUUAGGUGCCAUUCUCUAACUGUAGUGAAGAUUGUGAACCAGGCACCAGAAAGGGGAUCAUAGAAAGCAUGCCAACUUGUUGCUUUGAAUGCACAGAAUGCUCAGAAGGAGAGUACAGUGAUCACAAAGGUAAGAAAGACAUCGGGAAAAAUCUUAACCACGCCGCCAUAUAUAAUCUAUUGCUAUUUCAUAUGUUUCUAUCAAUAAUACAAACACGACUUCUCUUCCUGCAGAUGCCAGUGUUUGUACCAAGUGUCCCAAUGACUCAUGGUCUAAUGAGAACCACACAUCCUGUUUCCUGAAGGAGAUAGAGUUUCUGUCUUGGACAGAGCCCUUUGGGAUUGCCUUGGCAUUAUUCUCUGUGCUGGGGGUAUUCUUGACAGCAUUCGUGAUGGGAGUGUUUAUCAGAUUUCGCAACACCCCAAUUGUUAAGGCCACAAACAGAGAGCUGUCCUACCUCCUCCUGUUCUCACUCAUUUGCUGUUUCUCCAGCUCCCUCAUCUUCAUUGGUGAACCCCAGGACUGGACAUGCCGUCUACGCCAGCCUGCAUUCGGGAUCAGUUUUGUUCUCUGCAUAUCCUGCAUCCUGGUCAAAACUAACCGAGUACUUCUAGUGUUUGAAGCCAAGAUCCCCACCAGUCUCCAUCGUAAGUGGUGGGGGCUAAACUUACAGUUCCUGUUGGUGUUCCUGUUCACAUUUGUGCAAGUGAUGAUAUGUGUGGUCUGGCUUUACAAUGCUCCUCCGGCGAGCUACAGGAACCAUGACAUUGAUGAGAUAAUUUUCAUUACCUGCAAUGAGGGCUCUAUGAUGGCGCUAGGCUUCCUAAUUGGGUACACAUGCCUGCUGGCAGCCAUAUGCUUCUUCUUUGCAUUUAAAUCACGCAAACUGCCAGAGAACUUUACCGAGGCUAAGUUCAUCACCUUCAGCAUGCUCAUCUUCUUCAUCGUCUGGAUCUCUUUCAUCCCUGCCUACUUCAGUACUUACGGAAAGUUUGUGUCGGCUGUGGAGGUCAUUGCCAUACUAGCCUCCAGCUUUGGACUGCUGGCCUGUAUUUUCUUCAAUAAGGUCUACAUCAUCCUCUUCAAACCGUCCAGGAACACUAUAGAGGAGGUUCGCUGUAGCACUGCGGCCCAUUCUUUCAAAGUGGCAGCCAAGGCCACUCUGAGACACAGCUCAGCCUCCAGGAAGAGGUCCAGCAGUGUGGGGGGAUCCUGCGCCUCAACUCCCUCCUCAUCCAUCAGCCUCAAGACCAAUGACAAUGACUCCCCAUCAGGUCAGCAGAGAAUCCAUAAGCCAAGAGUAAGCUUUGGGAGUGGAACAGUUACUCUGUCCUUGAGCUUUGAGGAGUCCAGAAAGAAUUCUAUGAAAUAG